AAAAAAAUGCUCGGAAGUCCAUCCAACAACGGCGGCAUCAGAAUGCUCGUGCCCCCGGCUCCGAGCGACCACCAGCGGGUGGAGUUCGUGGCUCUCACCGCCRUCCAGACGGAGAGGAGCGAGCCGUCCACCCCGGAGCGCGGGCACCCGUCUCACCGCACGGGUCUGCUGGGCACCCCGCUGCCCGGACCCCCCGGACCCCGGGCCAACGCGUCCGCCUCCAGCAAGCGCUUCAGAAAGUUGCAGAACUGCCUGUACAACGUGCUGGAGAGGCCGAGAGGAUGGGCRUUCAUCUACCAUGCUUUCAUUUUUCUGCUCGUGUUCAGCUGCUUGGUAUUAUCUGUGUUCUCAACCAUCCCCGAACACCAGAAGUUUGCCAACCAGAGCCUCUUCAUCCUGGAGUUUGUCAUGAUUGUAGUGUUUGGUUUGGAGUACUUCAUCAGGAUCUGGGCCGCUGGCUGUUGCUGCAGAUAUCGCGGAUGGCAGGGGCGUCUGAGAUUUGCCAGGAAACCCUUCUGUGUCAUAGACUUCAUUGUGUUUAUAGCGUCACUAGCGGUGAUUGCUGCGGGGACGCAGGGUAACAUUUUUGCCACGUCGGCGCUGCGCAGCAUGCGUUUCCUGCAGAUCCUGCGGAUGGUUCGUAUGGACCGACGGGGAGGCACCUGGAAACUUCUUGGCUCGGUGGUUUAUGCUCACAGCAAGGAGCUGAUCACAGCCUGGUACAUAGGUUUUCUGGUCCUCAUCUUUGCCUCGUUUCUUGUCUACCUGGCUGAGAAAGACACUAACACAGAUUUUGGCACCUAUGCAGAUUCCCUCUGGUGGGGAACUAUAACUUUGACCACAAUUGGUUAUGGUGACAAGACCCCUCACACGUGGCAGGGACGGCUCCUGGCAGCUGGCUUCGCCCUUCUGGGCGUCUCUUUUUUUGCCCUACCUGCUGGAAUUUUAGGUUCAGGUUUUGCCUUGAAGGUCCAAGAGCAGCACAGACAGAAGCACUUUGAGAAGAGGAGGAUGCCUGCUGCAAACCUCAUACAGGCAGCGUGGCGUCUCUAUUCUACAGAUGCCAAACAUUCGUAUCUAACAGCUACGUGGUAUUUCUACGACAGCAUGUUGCCUUCGUUCAGAGAACUGACGCUACUGUUCAGUCACCUCCAGCGGCAGCGUAACACCAAGAAGGUUCUCCAGAACUCCUACCACACGCUGCUGUCUGGGCUGCGGCCCUACAGCUCCCCCUACCUGUCGGGGGACAGGAAGGCAGAAGCGUCAUGCAGUCAGCUCCUUUCUAAAAAGCGAGGUCUCUUCCGGAUUCAUGCCGGCCGCAAGCAGAGCAGCAAGCUGGGCUUCAGGGAUCGGAUCCGGAUGAACAACUCCCGUUCAUCCCAAACCAUCCGGAACAAAGCGUCGCCGCUGCCCCCCGGCUCCAGCGUGCGCCAGUCUCCCAGCCAGGACAGCGUCCCCGAAGCCACCAGUCCCGGAAAGGUCCAGAAGAGCUGGAGCUUCAACGACCGCACACGUUUCCGCACCUCCCUUCGCCUCAAGCCACGUCCACCUGCAGAUGUGGAAGGACUUGGGGAGGACAGCGUGGAAGACAGACCGUACUGUGACGUAGCCAUGGAGGACGUGAUUCCAGCAGUGAAGACUCUGAUACGAGCGGUCAGGAUCCUGAAGUUCCUCGUGGCCAAGAGGAAGUUCAAGGARACGCUGCGUCCGUACGACGUGAAGGAUGUCAUAGAGCAGUAUUCAGCAGGACACCUGGAUAUGCUGGGCCGCAUCAAGAGCUUACAGAUGAGGGUGGAUCAGAUUAUUGGUCGAGGAGCCGUUCAGCCUGAUAAAAAAGUGCGCCCUGAAAAGGGAGAAAAAACACCRCCAGAAUUGGACCCGCUGGAUGAGUUGAGCAUGAUGGGGCGUGUAGUCAAAGUGGAGAAACAGGUACAGUCCAUAGAAAGCAAGCUGGACCUCAUGCUCAACUUCUACUCCCAGUGCUUAAAGAAAGGCUCUUCACACGCCACCCUGUCCUCCCUCCUGGACCCCGACCUGACUUCKGACUACAACAGCCCCACGGACCAAAAGGACCUCUUCCCCUCUGCGAACACACUCAACAUCUCACGGUUUGAGGGCGAUAACUUGGAAUGACAGUGAGCAAUGGCAGAUCCUUUACAGACUGUCCUUUAGGCCGAGCGUCUCUCGCUCCCUGAGCAGACAAACAUAUUUUACAUCUACCUUCUCCGAGUGCUCCUCCCCCUCCUCCCAUCCGCAUCCUCAGCCUUGUUGUCCUGGAGCGAUUGUUUCUGGAGCUGGUAAGAUAGCGGCCACCAGAGGGCUCCAGCCGAAGAGGAGCCUCAGCCAAAAGCUGCUCACCGCACACGCCUCUCAACUCUCUGGAUGAGAACAGAGAAAGUGAACAAAGACUACUGAACCCCUCGCAGCCACUCACUUUAUGCUGUAGAGACCCUACUUUCAAACCUGUUCAAGGAGAUCUUCCAAGGAAYAUUAUCUUUCUUCUCCAACGCCAUUGUUUUGUUUGGCUGCUUAGAUGUAUCUGCACAAGGCAGAUAUACCAGUUUGUUCAGGACUUUGAUGCAAAUAUUUUGGAAAGACAGCGCAGUCUUUAAUGCCUUGAAUGUAAACUUAUAAACACUGAUGAAGCCAUCUGCAGUACAAUGCCACUCGGACGAGGUCCACUUUAAAUGCUCCUAAAAAAACCUGCUACAAUAUGUUGGGGUAACUUUUCAAGAAGUUUGGUCUUGAACAAGCCCGCCGGCAAAAAACAAGAACAACAAUGAAAAGCAAAACAAACACAUUGCUCCCAAUUAAUUUCAAGUCUGAAAUGUUCCUAAUUAUUUAAGAUUUAGUUAAACAGUGCUCAAUCGCAAGUCCUAAAUCCACGUUUUGCAGCUUUUCCAAGGCUGCUGUGCAAACUCUGAGCGUUUUAAAAGCCUAAAUGUGCAUUUUUGACAAAAACCUUUAAGCUUCCUUGUCUUGCAGCCUGCACUCCUUCCCCCUUCCCUUUGGGCUCAUAAUGCUCAGGUCUCACCUUCUUUUUGUGACCCUUUCUGCACUGCUUCUCCUCACUUAGCAUCUCUCCUCAGGUCAGGUGUGCCACAUCAGCUGGUUCAGGAUGUCUGUAAUACUUCACCAUCUCUCCCCCUUUCCUCCUUCUCUUAUCGGAUGUCACGUGCACUUUGCAGAGACUUUUUCGGCCAAUUUGGCGCGAUCUGAAACAAUGAACAGUGCGGAAGGRAUCCAGCCCUGUAAUGCAUGAAUUCCAGAGCGUUCUCCUCGUCGAUGCGCGUGUCGUUGAGACACUUACAGGUGUUCCUGAUUUUACUCUCUUAGGGAUGUUUGCCCCAUAAAAAACAGAGGGUGAUCAAAUGCACACAUAUGAAGACUGAAAGCGAUUCUUAAGUACUUUGGCACUUGAUAAAUAUACAACUUUUUGUUGUUGUGCUUAAUUUAGUUUGUCUUUUGUGUUCUCUACUGUAUUUGUUUUCAUGCACUUGAUCUUAUGUACCCUGUCAAGAAAAAGUAGUUUUGAUUUUAGUUGAUAAAGUGAGCGUAAAAAAUGUAUUUAAACAUAUAAUUCAGUCKAACCUGAUUUGUAUGUAAAUGUGGCAUUAAAUCACGGAUAGCAAAAYUGCUAAUCAGCCAAUCAGGUUUUGGCAAAUGUACGUUUUUACUGUCUGCGUACGACGUCAACAUCUACCCUCCCCCAGUCACAUCAGCUGACUCAGGUGCUCCACUUUUUCCAUUUGAAGUGAGCUUUUUAACCAGUGAAUGUACUUCAUCGCUCAGUCUGGCGGUUAGGAGUAAAAUGCCAUUCAGAGCUCGCUGCAUUGUACACGUUUUGCAUUCAUUUCAUUGGGGGAAAUGUUURGUAGCUUUAUUCCUCUGAGCUGAAUUAUAGCUAAGAUGCCCGAUUAUUAGAGGCAUCGGUAGAAUGCUGUUCUUUCAAUGCCACCUAGAAUGUAGAGCUUCAUAAGUAACGACRUCACUGUAUUGCAUGUUGUUUCGUGGUGGCCACAGAUUUAGAACAAAAAAACAAAACAUAAGGAUUUCUUGUGUAAAAUUGUAAGAACAUGAAAGCGAAUAACCUGUGCCUUCUUUGCCCUCAUUCUGUCCAGGAAGUGGCGCGGCUUUCUACCGCCAACGUUAGAAACGUGCUCGUGAGAGAAGUCUUUCGUGGAAAUUCAUACAAAUCUUUUUGUUUUUGCAAAAACCUUUAAUUGAUGAAAGACUUUGAGGAUUGUUCCACAGCUGCUGUAAAAGGUUGAGAGUCACUGUAUGUCCAGCAUAUCACUGUACCUCUACCAGGACCUCCUCACAUCCUCAUGCAGCACCGUAACCAUCAGAUGUGGAGGCCGGGGGGCGUCGCAGGAAACUCCGCCAGGCAUGUGUCCUCUCAUAGGCAUGUUACAUAGAUCAGUAUGGCUUCCACACAACUACCUCUGAGGCCACUAGGGGGCGCUAGUUUAGGAAACCCGAUUAGGUGAAACAGUUGAAAACGACUGAAUGCUAUGCAUGAAAUCAAUCUGCACGUUCUCUGAUCUCUUCGUGACAUCUCUCAACCAUCCGUCCACCUCUCACUGACUUGCUGCCAUCUGACAUUCCACCUCACCGCUCUGUAGCUGCUUUCUGACCGUAGGUUGUUGGAGCUGCUGUUCAAACUGAAGCACGAACCGGUCAAGCAAUAAGCCAACAGCUACACUAAGUCUUCCAAGUCCAAUUGAUGAAGCAGUUGGCUGAAUAAAACGUGCCGCUGGUUUGUUUUUCUAAUCUAUAUUUGAUCUUUUGAAAAAGGUACAAAAAAUGUGUUUCUGCUGAGGAUGAAGUUAGAUCACUAACUUAAUAAUUUAUUUGUUUCAAUAAAGCUCUUUGGACUGUA